AUCAAACUCACAAAAACAACUUCUCUUCCUCAAAACCCAUACAUAUAUAUUGCUAGCAAAUUAACAUCAAAACAAUAACAUGAUGAUGAUGAAGAAGGCGAUCAUCUCAAACAUUGUCAUCAUAUUUGGAAUCUCCGCCGUCCUCUUCAUUUGUGUUGCAGAGAGCAGACAGCCAACGCCAAAGGCUGUCCAAUGUAGCACGGUGGAAAUCGAUGCCAUGCCAUGCCUGCAGUUCGCUCAAGGAGGUCAGGACAAAGUUCCACAGACCUGCUGCAACGGCCUACACAACCUCGCCGAUAGCGCAACCACGGUCGACGACAAGACCGCCGCCUGCAAAUGCUUGGCUACUGCUUUUCAGAAGUUCCCUACCAUCAAAGACGAGGAUUUGAAGAAAAUUCCUGGGCUAUGCAAUGUUACUGUUCCCUUUCCCCUCUCUAAGAACCUCAAAUGUGACAACAUCAAGCAGUUCACUAUUGCCUAUUAGAGCGACAUUAUCAUGAUCGAACGACAAGUUUGAUAUGGCUACAAGAAUUAAUGUUUAUUUUGCCUUCGAUUCAUAUUAUAUAUGUACCCUGAAAUCAAUUCACUGCUUCCCUACCAACUAUUUUUUUUUUUGAAAGUUCCUACCAACUAUAUUAUAAACAACCUGUAACAAGAACCUCUUCAAACUCAAACAUCUUAUACUUUUUACAUUUUAUGCAUUUUAAUAUCAUUCAUACGCUCUCGCCAUACAUUUUAUGUCCGAAAAUCUCGCAGCUUUAUGUUUAUGCAUUGUGAUCAUUCGAUGAUGUUGUAGAGGAGGGUAGACGAGAUCAUCGUUCAGUUGGAUAUAGGUUUUAAUCUACUAUGCGAGCUGAACUAAAUCAAAGACCAAAUUAAUC